CUCGUGGAGCCAGCCACUGGCCACCGCGUCCCCGUGGAGGUGGCCUGCGAGCGGGGAUACUUUGGGGACGAGAUGAGCUGGCUCCUCACUGACCCCAGCUCUGCUGCCACCACUGGGUUCCUCGACCCCAACACCAGCGAGAGGGUCACCUACCUGGAGCUUAGGAAACGGUGCAGGAUCGAUCCGGCCACCAGCCUCCUCCUCCUGCCUCUGAAAAUCACCUUCCCGGGGCUGAGAGGGAGAGUGAGCAGCAGCGAGCUGCUCAGCUCCAGCAUCAUCGACAUGGAGACGUUCCAGGCCCUGCAGGAGGGCCGGGUCUCCGUCCAGGAGGUAGCGGAGCGGGGCCCUGUCCAGCAGUACCUGGAGGGCACGGGAGGCAUUGCAGGGGUUGUCGUGCUGCCGGCCGGAGAGAGGAAGGGCCUGUACCAGGCACUGGCCGAGCACCUCCUCAUGCCAGGCACAGCACUGGCCCUCCUGCAGGCACAGGCAGCCACCGCCUGCCUGACAGAGCCAGCCAAGCAGCAGAGACUCUCCGUCGAGGAGGCUGUCAAGGCUGGCGUGGUGGGACCGGAGCUCUAUGAGAAGCUGGCAUCUGCUGAGAGAUCUGCCACUGGGUACCAAGACCCCUGGACCGGGGAGCUGCUCUCUCUCUUCCAAGCCAUGGAGAAGGGGCUCAUCGCCAGGGACCAGGGGACUUGCCUCCUGGAAGCCCAGCUGGCCACCGGGGGCCUGAUCGACCCCGUCCACAAGCACCGUGUCCCAGUGGAGGUGGCCUGCCAACGGGGCUACCUCGAUGAAGAGAUGAAGCAGCUCCUCUCCCAUCCCACCCAUGCCACCAAAGGCUUCUUCGACCCCACCACAAAGGAGACGCUGACCUACGCAGCCCUCUUGGAGAGGUGUGUCACUGACCCCAUCUUCAGAGACAGGGGAGAAGGGACUCGGGACACUCAUCCCUUCAUUGACCAGAGGACUAGACUGGCUCUGGAAAACACGGCAGUACCCCUGGCCUCUGGCAAGUUCAAGGGGAAGUCAGUGUCCCUCUGGAAACUUCUCUUCUCAGACAACUUCACGAGCGAGCAACGAGCCACGCUGGCCCAGCAGUUCCGCACUGCGAGUCUCUCCCUUCCAGAACUGACUCAAGCCAUCAGUGCCACUGUUCAGCAAAUGGCUUCCCCCACUAACAUCGCCUUCGAAGGCCUGAGGCACAAGGUGACACCUCAGCAGCUCCUGAGCUCCGAAAUCAUCGACAGGGAGCUGUUUGAGAAGCUGCGCCAAGGAGAGACGUCUGUCGGAGACGUUGUCAGCAUGGACACAGUCAGGAAGUACCUGCAAGGGACCAGCAGUAUCAGUGGGCUGCUGCUGCCCGAGUCCCAUGAGAAAAUCAGCAUCUAUCAGGCAAAGAGGAAAGGCCUGCUCAUGCCAGGGACGUCCCUCGUCCUCCUCGAGGCACAGGCUGCCACGGGAUUCAUUAUCGACCCGGUUGCCAACCAGAAAUACUCUGUGGAGGAGGCGUUGCGAGCCAGCGUCAUUGGCCCAGAUGUUUACCAUAAGCUGCUGGCCGCAGAGAGAGCAGUCACAGGCUACAGGGACCCCUACACCGGAGACAAGAUCUCCCUCUUCCAGGCCAUGAGCAAGGGCCACAUCGUCAGAGACCACGGCAUCCGCCUGCUGGAGGCCCAGAUCGCCACCGGCGGCAUCAUCGACCCCGUGCACAGCCACCGCGUCCCUGUGGAGGUGGCCUAUAAGCGGGGCUACUUCGACAAGAAGAUGAACCUCAUCCUCUCCGACCCCAGCGACGACACCAAGGGCUUCUUCGACCCCAACACGCAGGAGAACCUGACCUACCUGCAGCUGAAGGAGAAGUGCAUCACAGAGCCCUCCACCGGACUCUGCCUCCUGCCUCUGAACAGCAAGAAGCGCCAGUUCAUUGACAAUGCCACCAAGCAAGCCUUCCAGAGCACCUGGCUCCUCGUGAGGUACGGGCGGUUCCGAGGAGAACGGGUCUCCACGUGGGACCUGCUGAACUCCGAGUAUUUCAGCGAGGGAAAGCGGCGGGAGAUAUUUAACCACUACCGGCUGCGGAAGCUCACCCUGGAGCAGAUCAGACUCAUGUUGGAGGAAGAGAUGAAAAAAUGGGCCCCCAUCAAAUUCCCAGCCAUGAGAGGCAGCGUCACAGCCUACCACCUGCUAGAAACCGGCAUUAUAGACAAGGCCCUCUUCCAGAGGGUGCUGGAAGGGGCCGUGAGCCCGGAGGACGUCCUGCGCAUGGACUCUGUCCGGAAAUACCUCUAUGGCUCCGGCAGCAUUGGGGGGAUCGUGCUCCAGCCGUCAAACCAGAGAAUGAGCAUCUAUGAAGCCCUGAAGCAGAAGAUCGUGGGGCCAGGGGUAGCUCUCCCACUGCUCGAGGCCCAGGCCGCUACUGGCUUUGUCAUCGACCCCGUGACCAACCAAAAGCUGUGUGUGGACGAAGCCGUAAGGGGAGGGGUUAUCGGGCCAGAGCUCCAUGAGAAACUGCAGCAUGCAGAAGGCGCAGUCACGGGCUACAAAGACCCUUUCACGGGGGAGAAGAUUUCCCUCUUCCAAGCCAUGAAGAAGGGCCUCAUCGCAGACAAACGGGCAAUUCCACUCAUGGAAGCUCAAAUGGCCACUGGAGGCAUCAUUGACCCGCACCACGGCCACCAUGUGCCUGUGGAGUUUGCCCGGAAACAAGGCUACUGGGGUGAGGACAUGAGCAAAACCCUGUCUGGCGCUGACAGUGCCAGGGCUUACUGCAUCCCUGGCAGCAAGGAGCCAGUGACCUACGCUCAGCUCAUGGCGCGUUGCCAGCAGGAUGAAAAUUCCGGCUUCCGCUUGCUGCCCUUGCCCCAGACGGCUGUGCCCGUGCGCACAGAGGAGCAAAUCCAGCAGCUGCUCAAGGAGACCAUGGUGAAGGAGAAGGACGUCUCCCUCUGGGAGCUGAUCCACUCUGGCUACUUCACUGAGGAGCAGAGAAAGGACGUGGUGGAGAAGUUCCGCUCUGAGGAGGCGUCUGUCGGGCAGCUGGUUGCUCUUGUCCUGCAGCACGUGAAGGAGAUGGAGAUGAAAGCCCACGCACACAUCGCCUUCCAAGGCCUGCGGGGCAGCGUGCCUGCUGUCUGGCUGCUCGAUGCUGGCAUCAUUGCGGAGAAGACCUUCGCAGAGCUGGCCGAGGGAACGCGAGCGGCCAGAGACGUGGCGGAGAUGGAGGGCGUGAAGCGAUACUUGCAGGGCACAGGGAGCAUUGCUGGAGUUCUCGUACAGGCCUCCAAGAAGAAGAUGAGCAUUUACCAGGCAAUACAAAACAAUCUCCUGCUGCCUGGCACAGGGCUACUGCUGCUAGCGGCUCAGGCAGCCACCGGAGGCAUAAUAGACCCAGUGACAAACCAGACACUUGGUGUGGAAGAUGCCGUCAAAGCGGCCAUUGUCGGAGAGGAGUUCCUGGAGCAGCUGCUCCUAGCAGAGAGGGCAGUGACGGGUUACACAGACCCCUACACUGGGAGCCCCAUCUCAGUCUGCCAAGCCGUCAGGAAAGGCCUCGUCCCCAUGAGCGAUGGCAUUCCCUUGCUCGAGGCCCAGCUGGCCACAGGAGGGAUCAUCGACCCCAUCCACCAUCACCAUCUUCCUCUGCCUGCUGCCUACAUGCACAACUUCUACGACGAGGAAAUGAACCAGGCCCUGGCCCAGCUCAAUGACGACACCAAAGUCUUCUUUGAUCCCAACACGAAGGAAAACUUGACUUACCAAGAGCUGAAAGACAGGUGUCUUCCUGACGUGGAGACUGGCCUCUGGCUUCUCCCUCUGUCCGAAGCAACGGCGUUCUAUGUGGACCAACAGACCAUGGAAGUGCUGAAAUCUGUCACGGUCUGUGUCACAGAAGGACGGUUCAAAGGGCAGAGGGUCUCCCUCUGGGAUCUUCUCAACUCCGAGUACAUCACAGACGCCAAGCAGAGAGAGCUGGUGGAACUAUACAAAGAGGAGAACAUGGCGGCCCUGCAAGAAAUCAUCACAACUGUUACCACGAUCAUUGACGUGACCGAGAAGCAAGGCAGGAGAUUCACAUUCAGGGGCCUGCGGAAGCAGGUGUCUGCCAGUGACCUGUUCCAGGCUCAGCUGAUAGACAAGAAAACCCUCGAUGAGCUCAAUCAGGGACAGAAAACCGUUGAAGAAGUCACAGAGAUGGACUCUGUUCGCAGAUACCUGGAGGGGGGGAACUUCAUAGCCGGCGUGCUAGUACAGCCAGCCAGUGAGAAGAUGAGCAUCUCCCAGGCGCUGGCCAGAGGGCUGCUGAGGCCGGGCACGGCGCUGGUGCUGCUGGAGGCGCAGGCUGCCACCGGGUUCAUCAUCGACCCGCUGAAGAACGAGAAGCUGUCUGUGGAGCAAGCGCUGGCAGCCGGGCUCAUAGGACGACAGGAUUAUGAGAAGCUGCUCUCGGCCGAGAGAGCGGUGACCGGAUACACUGACCCCUACACAGGACACAAGAUCUCCCUCUUCCAGGCCAUAAAGAAAGACCUGAUCGUCAGAGACCACGGCAUCCGCCUGCUGGAGGCCCAGAUCGCCACCGGCGGCAUCAUCGACCCCGUGCACAGCCACCGCCUGCCGGUGGAGGUGGCCUACAAGCGGGGCUACUUCGACCAGGAGAUGAGCCAGAUCCUCUCCGACCCCAGCGACGACACCAAGGGCUUCUUCGACCCCAACACGCAGGAGAACCUGACCUACAUGCAGCUCCUGGAGAGGUGUGUCCCCGACCCCGACACGGGGCUGUACAUGCUCCAAGUAGUGAAGCCUGGGGGGACAUACUUCUAUAUAGAUGAGUCAAUGAAAGAAUUUUUUAACUCAAAACCCAUCGAAAUGCAAGUUGGGAAAUUCAGAGGCCAAACUGUGUCCCUGUGGGACCUGCUCUGCUCUCAGUACGUCUCCUCACAGAGAAGAACGGAGCUAGCGCAGCAAUACAAAUGUAACACCCUGACACUAGACCAGCUCACCACAGCCGUCAUCACGAUGAUCGAGGAAACAGAAGAGAGAGGCCGAGCCCUGCGGGUGAAGGGCCUCAGAGGAGACGUGCCAGUGUCAGACUUGGUCAGCGCGGAGAUCAUUGACCAAGCCACACUGGACAAACUGCACCACGGAACGCUCCCCAUCCACAACCUCCACCACAUGGACUCUGUCAAGCGGUACCUGCAGGGAACGGGGAGCAUUGCUGGGGUGCUGCUGCCAGCCACGCAAGAGAGGAUGAGCAUCUGCCAGGCCAUGGAGAGAGGUCUCCUGACCCUAGAAUCAGCGCUGUUGCUGCUGGAGGCGCAGGCUGCCACCGGGUUCAUCAUUGACCCGCUCAAGAACAAGAAGAUGUCCGUGGAGGAAGCCGUCUCCGCUGGCCUGGUGGGCAGGGAGAUUCGGGAGAAGCUGCUCUCGGCCGAGAGAGCGGUGACGGGAUACAGAGACCCCUCCACAGGAAACAAGAUCUCCCUCUUCCAGGCCAUGAAGAAAGACGUAGUUGAGAAGGAGCAAGCCAUCCACUUGCUGGAGGCCCAAUUUGCCACCGGCGGCAUCAUUGACCCUGUGCACAGCCACCGCCUGCCCAUGGAGGUGGCCUACAAGCGGGGCUGUUUGGAUGAUGACACAUAUCUCCUGAUUUCUGAUCCAGAACAUGGCAGCAAGGGAUUUAUGGAUCCGAACACCCAUGAAAACCUCAGUUAUGCUCAGCUCAUCCAGCGAUGUAGUAAAGACCGAGAUACGGGACUGCACCUACUCCAGAUAGUAGAAAAGAAGGAAGACUAUUUCUACAUUGAUGAGCAAACCAAAAAUAUUAUGGUAUCUACCAUGGUUAAAGUGCCAGUAGGAAAAUACAGAGGACAGACACUAUCUCUAUGGGCACUCCUCUGUUCUGAAUACGUCACUGAGGAAAAGAGAAAGGAAUUGGUUCAAGAAUACAAACAACAAUCCACAGUUAUAUUACGGAAGAUAACAGAUGCACUUUUCAACAUUAUACAUGAAAUAGAGAGGGGCAGAAAAGAAAUAUGGUUCCAAGGCAUUAGACAAAAAAUCACUGCAUCAGAACUACUCAGUGCACAGAUAAUUACUGAGGACACUAUGCAGAAAUUACAGGAAGGAAAAAAGACUGCUCAUGACAUAGCAAAGAUGGAUUCCGUAAAGAGAUAC